AUGGAUGCUUCAAAUGAACUCGCAAAUGCAGCCAAAGUUGAUCCUGAUGGAUAUACAUUGGAUGACGAUGUCGACUUGACUAACAUCACUCCGAUGCCAAAACACGUCUUCCUAAAUACACUACCUGGUCACUUGGCUCCAUUUCCUACCAUUCCUCGAAGUCGUUACGACACUGAUCGUAAUCAACGGGAAUUUUACGGACAAGAGUCUUUCCUGAAUGCCUUCAUUACCACCCAUUGUCGCGAUCACACUAGUGCGGCCAAUGUCAAUGGAUUAACUGACUCACAGCAGCAUCAGCUCUCACAACAGCAACAACAAAACAGGCGAGGGUCAAGUGCUCCAUUGAAACGUAACCAAUGCAGUCUCUGUUUUCGGGUCUUUGCUAAUUCGGCCAGUUUGAAGCAACACAUGCGGUUGCAUCGUGGCGAGAAACCUUUUAAGUGCCGUUUCUGUGACAAAACCAGCGCUACCAUGUGUAAUAUUCUCACUCACGAAAGGACGCAUACGCGUGAGAGACCCUACAAAUGUACCCUCUGUAGCGCCGAUUUCAGCAGUUCAAGCAAUCUUAAGGUUGGCCUACGUCGUACGCAUAUGCGGACACAUUCGGGCGACCGCCCAUUUCGCUGUAAUCUUUGUGACCGACGGUUUGUUACAUCAAAUGCCCUUACCACACACCUUCGAGCUCACUGGGGCCUUCGGCUGCAUCCCUGUCCCGACUGCGAUCGCCAAUUCUCCACUUCCAGCAAUCUCCGUGUUCAUCAUCGGACGGUGCACCUGGGGAUAAAGCAGUACCAUUGCGUGGUGUGUGGCAAGGCCUUUGCGACGAGCAGCAACCUCAACGCUCACUCCCGACAACAUCCUGAAUCGGCAUAUCUUGUCAAAUACGCCGGUCCUUCCUCCUUCUGCCCAUCCACCCAACAGUCUACAAACACCACGACGGUAAACACAGCAGCGGUCGAAUCAACGGUAGCGACAACAGUGACGGUAGCGACGACGACAGCAGCGGCCGUAGUAGUGUCCGCGGCGACAGCAGUGGCAGGAGAAGAGGAAGAGGAGGGCGGGGAAGAGAGUGGCGAGGAGACAGGGAAUAUGCUGGUGACACCAACUGGCUAUAACCACGCUCCCACUCUCUUGCCAGUGGCGCUGAGUCCGAGCCCUGUGGGUCCAAGCCGAAAGUUCGCCAAAGUUACCGUCUACUGCCCUGGUGAUGUAGAAAUUGCGGCCACCGCCACCUCCUCCGUCUCCUCCUCGGCCUCCCAUGCCAACACGGCCAAACUGGCUCCUGACGAUUAG